AUGGAAAGCUACACAAACAAUGGGCUGUCUAACCCCAACAUUCCCACUCUUAUCCCACGCUCUUAUCAGGACUCCAGAGUGAUCAACAAUAUUGACAAUGAGGAGCUCAUACCUGCCACGGACUUUCAUGACCUGCUGAGUGAUUGGGAGGUCGAGGGUGGGCUUUCCAAAGUCUCCUCAGAGACAGACAAGACGUAUUUUGAUACAGCCGGUAGGCGGAUGAUCUACAGUCGUGCCGGGAGCCAUAAUUGGAAAACUUUACAGGGAAUUGAGGAUGAAUAUAUUCCAGAUUUGGUGGAUUUCAACUUCAGAACGUGGAUUGACGACAAGCGGGCUAACGAGGACCAUAUUCUAGAUGAACUGCAUUCCAAAGUCCAACCAAUCUCAAUUGGAAAGCACGAAGGCGCAACGCGUCCUACAUCGCGGAGCACAGGGUCUCCAGAACGUGAAAAAGACCGUAUGAUUCUUGCCUCUCUCCCCUCCAAUUACCUAUCGCUUUCUUUCAGUGAGAGAAAAAGAAUCAUGAACGAGGCAUUACCUGAUUUUCUGCAAAACGACAAGGAGUACAAAAAACACAUCACCAAAUUGAUCCGCCGAAAUUCAGUGUCGAGCGCAACAUCUCCGGCGCACAGGCUCUCUAAUUCCUUCUCGCUGCAAAACUCGGUUAACAGCACUGUCACAACCCCCGACAACACCAAUGUCAAAGGUUCAUUAGUUCUUGGCAAGUGGCGACUAGGCCGAAUCAUAGGGCGAGGUGCGUACGGUAUCAUCCGCGAAUGCAGCAACGAGAGCGACGAAAUUAAAGCAAUGAAGAUUAUCGAUGUUCACGGCGAAUUGCGCCAUUGUUAG